UGGUCCUCUUCUAUAGUAUAUUAGGCUUAAAAACUGUGCGUGGGAUAUACCUUUUUGUGUUUGUUCUUUACUCCACUGAGGGUUAUUACCACUCUAAUAUAAGUAAAUUAAAGACAAACACCACGAAGUAUAAUCACAAUGGGAGGAAAAGCGAAGCCCACAAAGCAUACUGCAGCUGAAACCCGUCGUAAGGAACAGUUGGCUAACCAAAAUAUGGGUGGCGGGGCAUCUGGAUUGAAAGAUCGGAAGGGUGGCCAAGCGGGCCAUUCUAAGUUUAUUUGCAAGAUAUGCAUGUUGCAGGCUCCUGAUCUCAAGUCUAUGAGUUUACACUACGAAUCUAAGCAUACAAAUGUAGAGUUUUGUGAAGAUGAUUUUCAAGAUCUCCACGAGAAGUUUGGCGGAACCACAAAGGGAGUAGCGGUCCAUGGUAGCUUGAAAAAGGCUCGAAACACUAAAAAUGGUUCUUAAUUGAACUGAGAGAAGAUUCAACAAAGGCAACAAGUUCAAUACUAAAAAUCCUUACCGUGAUAUGAAUUUUGUACCAUAUUAUAUGCGCUUUAGAAGUAACUUCUUUUUCUCUUUUUCAUUCUGGUGUGGGAGAUUUUUUAUAUUGAUCACCUCAUCACAUCUUAAAAUGCUCGAAUAAUAAUCUUAUAUAAAUGGUAAUAAUAUGGGACUACAAUUUUUUGUGCAUAAGUCUUAGUGUAA